AUGCCUUCUGAUCUGAACCCUCUUCCAUCGCGGUGCCGUUCUACUUCCCUUCCCCUCGUGUCGCAGGCGUAUCUCAAGAGUUCUCUUACUCCCGUGCGACACCGCAGUGCGCAAAUUCUCUGCGGUUACCCUUUCCGCAGAGCGCCUCCUUGUGCAGAUUUGUUUUCUGCACAGUUGCAAGGGGAGGCGUAUUUCAAGAGUUCUCGUACGUGUUCGGUCUUUACCGGGCUGGUGGACGUGUUCGGCGAGACGGCGGACGGCAAUCCGUGGGGGUACGGCAGCUGCAUCACGCGGGAGAGCUUCCAGGCGUACGUGAACGAGACGAGCUACGCGCGCCCGUGGGUCUCCGCCAUCACCUGGAUCGUCUUCGUCACGCACGCCCAGCGAGCCGAUUUCGAGUCGAAAUUCGGUGUGACGAUCAAGAGCGACAGCACGAAGCAGCCGUCGCCUCCGCGCGACUGGUACGCCGUGUUUCUGUACAUCUCCCGGGGUCCGCUCACCAACAACAGCGACUGCUGCUACGACGGGCGGCAGUACAGCCGAUUCAAGGAGGCCAUAGAGCACGGCGUCAAGACACUCAACACCACCAUCACGCCCACCUUCGCCCUCGUUGCCAACGGCAACCGCGGCCUCGGUUUGGGCUUCCCAGUGCUAAAGAACACGACAGACGGCGGGCAGGAGAUGAAGGGCAUGAUCGGCGCAGUCAUUGACAUGCAGGCGCUCAUAGACUUCCUCCUCAAGAAGCUGCUCUCUGCUUCCGCGCCCUUCAAGUUGCAGCUGUACGACGUAACGAACCGCACUGCACCCAUCCCGAUGUACGACAGCGAGCGCACCGACGGUUACACCACACUGCCCGACCAGACAGUCGCGCCCGCCUCGGACGAGCUGCUGCAGCCAACCAGGUUCCGCCACGUGGAGCCCAUUGACCUCCGCGACCCAUCUCGGCAGUACGAGCUCUGGUGCCGGUACACGGAGAGUGACACGGUGGCGUGGGGAUGGAGUUCUCUCUCGUGGGGAGUGCUGCUGCUGGUCGUCUUCAUCCUCGUCUUCUACAUCCUCCUCACCAUGGGCCGCCAGAACGCCGCCAUGCGCCGCAACUACCGCCGCAUGGAGGCGCUUAAAGCCCGCGCCGAGGCGGCUGACAGGGCGAAAAGCAACUUUCUGGCUACUGUCUCUCACGAGAUCCGUACUCCCAUGAACGGCGUGCUAGGCAUGCUGGAUUUCCUGCUGGAUUCGAAGCUGGACGCGCAGCAGCAGGAGCACGCGCGCAUGGCCAAGGCGUGUGGGCAGACGCUGGUGUCGCUGCUCAACGACGUGCUCGACCUCGCCAAGGUCGAAGCCGACCGCCUCGAGCUCGAGCACCUCCCCUUCAACCUGCGCUCCUCUGUCGACGACAUUCUCGACAUCUUCCGCACCAAGUCGCAGGACCUGGGGCUCGAAUUGGCGGCACUGGUGGACCCGAACGUGCCCGAGGUGGUGGUGGGAGAUCGCAUUCGCCUGCGGCAGGUGGUGGUGAAUCUCAUCGGCAACAGCAUCAAGUUCACCCAGCGAGGCCACAUCUUCGUGCACAUCUCUGCGCCCUUCGCCGCCAUGCCCGUCCCCUCCUCCCUCCCCUCGCCCCUCACCCUCCGCUCCCGCUUCAACACUCUCGCCGCCUCCGCCCCGCCCGCCUCCCUCGCGCUGGCCAAUCGCAAGCUGACAGCUGGCGACGGCUGGGGGCUGCACUCCGCGGAGGUCCAGCUAGCGUGCUCGCCGCUGCGUCAGACCGGGCCGAUUUCGGCGUCGCUCGCCGCGAUUGGCCGGAGCAUCUCGCGCGGUUACCAGACGCUGUCCGGGCGCCCGACGUCGCUGGUGUGCGGGCCGGGGGGGGCGGCAGGGGCGGGUAUGGGGCAGCCUAGCUGCGGAACAGGCGACCUGGUGGGCUGCUUCCCUGCUCUGCUCCAGCCGGGGUAUUCUCAAAUGGAGGAUGGGGUUUCUGUGGGGAUUCAGGACGGGGGGAUGGAGGAGAUGGAGGGCGGGGGAAAGGGCGGGGAGGAGGAGAUAAUGGUGGGGGAGGGGGAGGGCGCGGAGGGGGAGAAGGAGAGGGAGAAGAGAGAGGAUACGAUCACGCUGCUGAUCACGUGCGAGGAUACCGGGGCGGGUAUCCCGCUGUCUUCUCAGUCCAAGAUCUUCCAGCCCUUCACGCAGGCGGAGAGCAGCACGGCGCGCACGCACGGAGGCACGGGCAUCGGACUGACCAUCUCGAAGCGCCUCGUGAAGCUGAUGGGGGGCGACAUGACGUUUGUGAGCGAGCCAGGCGUGGGCACCACCUUUGUCCUCACAGUCAACCUCGGCCUCAUGCCGCCACGCAUCCCCCGCUCCGUCCCCACCUCCCUCCCCGCCGACCUCCUCCCGAUGCUGGACGACGACCCCGAUGCUGCCGCCAUGAUUGAGAAAUUCCUCAACCGAGCCGUGCUGGUGGUGGACGGCCUGCAGGUUCGGCAGCGGGUGGCGAGCAGCGUCUUAUCCCGCCUCGGGAUUACCCCGAUUCCGGCCACUGACGCGGCGUCGGUGCCUGCGAUUGCCACACGGGGGUUCCUGCGCGGCCCGCCGCUGCCUGGGUCGGCGACGUUUGAGGAUGACAUUCGGCCGUGGGAUGCCAUCUUUGUGGAUAAGGACGCGUUUGGGCCCAAGACUGGGUUUCAGGUUGCAAAGGCGAUCCGAGAGGCGUUUGCUGCGGCGGAGAAGGGGGCAGGGGAGAGGGGCUUGGGGGAGACGAUUCAGGAGGAGGGUGGGGAGCCAGGAGCAGGUGCUGCUGCCAAUGGUACCAGUGGUGGUGGUGCUGGUGCGGGGGGCAGCAAGGGGCGCAAGCAGCCGCCGCUGAUUCUGGUGGCGUGUCGGUUGGAGGCGGAUGAGAAGGGCGAGGUGGAGGCGUGCGGCUUUGAGGAGCGCCUGCUCAAGCCCCUCCGCAAGUCCAUCGUUGCUGCGUGCCUGGUGCAGGGUCGGUUGGAGGCGGAUGAGAAGGGCGAGGUGGAGGCGUGUGGCUUCAAGGAGCGCUUGCUCAAGCCCCUGUGCAAGUCCAUUGUGGACGCGUGCCUGGUGCAGGAGUGCCUGCUCAAGCCCCUGCGCAAGUCCAUUGUUGCCGCGUGUCUCGUGCAGGUGUUGGGCAUAAUGACCACGAGUCGCAGCAGCAACACGCAGAAGCAGCAGCGCCGCAAGGCCAUGCACGCGCUCAUUGGCGGUCGCCGCAUUCUCGUGGUGGACGACAAUGUGGUGAACCAAAAGGUGGCAACGCGCAUGCUGCAGCGCUAUGGGGUGCUGUGUGAGGCGGUGGACAGUGGCAUGGCGGCGCUGCAGGCCGUGCAGGAGGCUGAGGGGAGAGGGCAGCCGUUUGAUGCCAUCUUCAUGGACGUGCAGAUGCCCGGCAUGGACGGCUACGAGACGACGCGGUCGAUCCGGCGGAGGGAGAGGGAGAGCGGGGCGGCAGCGAUCCCCAUCCUGGCCAUGACGGCUGACGUCAUCAGCGGCAGUCGCACGCGCUGUGAGGAGGCGGGCAUGGAUGGCUUCGUGCCGAAACCGAUUGACGAGGAGCAGCUGCACGCCACUCUCUGGAACUGCUUUGGCCGGGCUUAG